CGACAACAACGACGCUAUAAGUGUGUCACUAGUGCCCAGUGAAGUCCGUUCUUCUGUGAGCCCAUAGAAGUGAUAUCCGUAACGGCCCAUUAUCCACAUGACACAUCUUCAGGAGGCUCUUUGCAGAAUAUCGUCGAUGGAGAAAAUCUGUGGAAAACGGAGAUGUCCACAUUCACUUACGUAUGGUCUUGACCUGCCACCUCAGUGACUGCGAGUUCGAUUCUCGGGCAUUCCAUUUAGGUGUGAGAGAUGUGUAUUUCUGGUGAUAGAAGUUCACUCUCGACGUGGUUCGGAAGUCACGUAAAGCCGUUGGUCCCGUUGCUGAAUAACCACUGGUUCCGUGCAACGUCAAAACACCAGACAAACAAACAAACCUACAACCAUUCUCCCCGAUGACGCAAACGGUGAUGUCAUGCAGUUCAUGUGACGUGUGGGAAUUUCGAUAGUUCAUUGGUGGAGGGCGGGCUGUGACGUCUGCAUAUUUUGUGACGUUGAAGACAUAUCCAUUUUUGAUUGGUGGAUUUGGCGUGUGGCAUCCUAACCUCUAUGACGCAUCUCGUACGUUGCCCUGUGAUUGGCAGAGAGGACAGUGACGUCGCAUCUGGAUUUGUGCUGAUGGUUAACAAUUAAUCGCUUUACAUGCGUGUAAUUUUACAGCUGAAUUGGAAAAAAGGGACAAAUUGAAUUGUUACCGUCAGUGUCAAAGCAGCGUUGGUAUUAUCAAAUCAAUACGCGGAAAUAGGGAGAAACAAAGGAGUUGUCAGGUACCACCAGCCAAGAGAAUUUUGUGUUAAGGGGAAACUCUUGGAUCGGGUGGCAGUUGCUUAUGAGAACGGUCUGGGUAAAGGUGUCCCCGUCAGUUUAUCAGCAUCCGCUCCCUUGUAGAGCUUACGCCACGGACGACAGAAAUUCGUGUGUAUUCUGCUUAUGUGUGAAGAGCAAGUGUGUUCAACGUAAAGUGUAUCAUUUUAGAUCUGUUAAAAUUAAGUGGGCAGACCAAAUAUCUGAACUAAACACGAUUAAUAGUGUCUUAAAACUGGGAGUGGCACAUGUACCUUGAACGAGAAGAUUACAUUUGAAGGGUAUCCGAGCUUUGAAUAUACUGUCAUGACCCAGUGACGGGAAGGUGAAAUAGAUCGUGCCUACCGUACCUGCAGACAACUGGAAAGAAAGCUGUCCAGACCCCGUUGAUCCUUCUGAAGGUGAAGAACCAGGGUGUGUGAGAGAGAGAGAGAGCGAGAGGAGAGAAUGAAUAACAGUUUCCUCGAGUAAAUAGUGGUUGUGACGCUCAUACCCACGUAAGUGACGAAUAAGAAAGGGGAAUUGCGAGUAAACACAUAUCGUUAGUGAGGAGCAGGCGCUGGAGGAGUGAGUUCAUUUAUAUUGCUAGCGGCUGCUACCUCACCCCCACACUCUUUACUCUACUCGCUCUCUCGUUCGCUCUCCUCUCUCUCUCUCUCUUUUUCUCCCUGCAAGCUAUUCUUCCGUGGAACUGCCUGGCUUUUUCGUCAUUCAGUUAAAGAUUGACGAGUGUGGAAUACCUCCGCUGUGGGCUGAGCUUGUUUAUUCGAGGAUGAGGUAGUUUGAUGAGGGAGGCGCCAUGGUGCUGGUGAAGGAGUAUCGGAUACCGCUUCCUCUGACGCUGGAGGAAUACCGAAUUGCUCAGCUGUACAUGAUAACAGUGUCACCCAAGUAAGUUCUACAAUUCUCUUUAAAAGAGUUAAGCUGGACUCGGUGGAAGGAUCUAGAAGAGUGAACUUGAAUUUAAAAUCAUUUGAAACUUAAACGAAACUAAACUAGAGAGAAUUUUUGAAAAUUCAGCAAGAUGGUUCAGACAGUGGAGUACCGCAUUCCACUGCCUCUUACAGUAGAAGAGUACCGGAUUGCUCAACUCUACAUGUUGGCGAAAAAGUCACGACAAGAAAGUCAUGGCGAAGGCAGUGGUGUUGAAAUCUUGGUCAAUGAGCCAUACGAAAAUGGACCAGGGCCAGAUGGCAAAGGACAGUAUACCCAUAAAGUCUAUCAUGUUGGGAGCCAUUUGCCAGGCUGGCUCAAGUCUCUCAUUCCUAAAUCAGCCUUAUCUGUUGAAGAAGAGGCUUGGAAUGCCUACCCUUAUACCAAAACACGUUUCACUUGCCCAUUUGUUGAAAAAUUCAGCAUUGAAGUUGAAACCUACUACUUCAAUGAUGGUGGGCAUCAAGAUAAUGUUUUCAAACUUUCAAAGUCUGAGAUGAAGCAACGAGAAGUAGGUGAGUUUCACUGGAUCUUUUCUAUGCAGUAUACUGUAUUUUAGAGCAAUUGUUUGUUA